CGCACAUUGUUUCCCCCACCGUUCACCCCGUUGGUUUCAAUAUGGCGGAUGGUAGUUGACAUUCACCCUCGGAAUUGUUGACUUGUCGAGUUUCACCGCAAUUGAUCAACAAUAACAAAUAUCGACGGAUAAUUCAAGAUGAAUAUGUCAGUGGAAAAGAGAAAAUAUCCAUCAGCUUUGCCGACCAAUUGGCCAACGAGAGAUGAGACCACUAGGAAAACACAGAAUCAACUCUCCUCAUUGUCCAACUCUGGUAAAGUUGACGUUUACUACUACAGUCGAGGAGUGAGAAAUGACACAUCUUUAGUUCCCCCGAUAAGACAGACAGCCUCGAUAUUCAAACAACCAGUGACGAUUUUCAAAACUCAGGAGGGAAAAGUCAAGGAUAUCAAGCAUGGAAAUCAAGAAAAGCCAAAACAGGAUGGGGCCGAUAAAACUGACAGCAAGUAUGGCUCCCAAGAUAAGCCAAAACAGUUAUUCUGGGAGAAAAGAUUAGAGGGGCUGAGGGCAUGUGAUCCCGAUGGCUAUGAAUUCGAUGGUAUGGAUUUACCGAAGACACUGAAGCCAGUUGGACCUUAUAUUACUGAAGAAACUCUUCUCCAGAGUGUCGCCACAGCCCUCCACGUCUCCUCACAGCCAGUCACCGGACAAACGGGUUCCAAAUCUUCCUUAGAAAAAAAUCCCGGGGUAUUCCUGAAUCCAGAACAACCUCUUGUACAGGCUGUCGCAAUAGCUGAUGAUGAUAUUAAAAGGCAAGAAGACCGAGUUGCAUUGGCCAGACAAAAACUUCAAGACGCCUUACGUACAGUUUCGACAUAAAUUCGAGUAAUUAACUAGACAGAUUUCAUUAAUCAUCGUGCUCAUUCAUAAUUUUCAUACCUAAGUUAAUAAUUAUAUAAAUAAAUCAUUUCCACAUGAAACAAAAACAA